AUGGACAAUGAAUUCGUCUCAGCUGUGAACACGUGGAAAACGUUGCGCGCUCGCUUCGAUCAAAGAAAAGGUUUGAAGUACGAGUUUGAGUUAUUCGUGUUGUUCGAAGAAGAGACUCUUCCCAUUUGGGGACUCUAUCAACAAUCUAUCGUCGGAGAUAUCAAUGUGCCAAAAAAAGAUUAUCAUGACCCAGAGGAGGAGUCGUGGAUGUGGGGAUGGAUGAAAGGAAAUGAUAAAUGGCAUGCCUGGAAUCAAUGUUGGGGAAUGACGAAAGAAGAGGCGCAAAAAGAGUUGAUCGAACAGGUGAAAAGCCUCGAGAAACAUUUGCCUGAAUUGAUCGAGAAAUGGAAAGAUGAGCAGGAUCCACGAAUACCUGAUCAAAAGGCAUGGGUACCCGAAGAGGAUCGAGCUCAUUGGGCUGAGGUGACAGCAAAGGCCCGAAAAGAGAGGAGGGAACGCUCUGCCGCUCAACGAGCACACGAAGAGAAACUCGGCAUGUGGAAG